GCCCCACAGGCUAAGUGCCCAUAAAUAACUCGCUUCACUUCAAAAUAUCCUUCCCUGUUCCCUCGUUCGUUCCUCCUCCAAAAACCUUAUCUCAAUUCAAAACUAAGCCAAGACACACAAGAGAGAAACCAUGUCUGCAGCAUCUGCCUCUUCACUGGUCCUCCCAUCGCUCAAUCACCCAAAUACCAUAAAAUCUUUCUACAGCAAACCCAAUUCACUCUUUUUUCUAUCUCCUUCUUCCACUUCUUCUCUCAAGCCCGUUUCUCUCCUUCUCUCCUUUCAACACCAGCAACAGCCUCUGUCCUCUCGGUUUCUAAAAAAUGUUGCCAUUUCAUCUGAAUUCGGACAAGAAGAGGAUUUCUUGAGUGAUGGGGACGAGCAAAGUUUCUCUCAAGACCUCAAAUUGUUUGUGGGUAAUCUUCCUUUUAAUGUUGACAGUGCCCGGCUCGCUGGUCUCUUUGAAACCGCUGGAAAUGUUGAGAUGGUUGAGGUAAUAUAUGACAAGGUAACUGGGAGAAGCAGAGGAUUUGGUUUUGUGACCAUGACGACUAUUGAAGAAGUUGAAGCAGCAUCUAAACAGUUCAAUGGCUAUGAACUCGAUGGGAGGACAUUGAGGGUGAAUUUUGGACCUCCUCCUCAGAAGGAAAGUUCCUUUUCAAGAGGGCCUAGAGGUGGUGAAACAUUUGAUUCUGGCAAUCGUGUUUAUGUCGGCAACCUUUCAUGGAAUGUUGAUAACUUGGCACUUGAGACAUUGUUUAGAGAGAAAGGGAGGGUGAUGGAUGCUAAAGUUGUUUAUGACAGGGAUAGUGGUAGAUCAAGGGGCUUUGGUUUUGUUACUUAUAGUUCUGCUGAAGAGGUUGACAAUGCCAUUGACUCCCUAAAUGGCGCUGAAUUGGAUGGCAGAGCAAUUCGGGUCUCAGUUGCAGAAGCUAAGCCAAGGCGUCAAUUUUGAGCACUAGAUCUUUUCCGUAUCUUCUCCCUGAGAAAAUAUUUUGGGUGGGACUUGGGAGAUACACAGUUGCAGUAUGUUCUUGUCAUGCAACCUCUUUGAAUAUGCUCCUUGUGCCUGGGAGUCAUCGGGCUCUUUGAUAGAUGCAUCUAAGAUGAACAAGAGUUGAUAAAUUGUGUUGAAAUUUUUUGAUGUAUGUUUUAAAUACUGUGAUCCAGAUGAAAACAUGUACGUAGUUUAUUUAUCGAGGUGAUGUGAAUUAUUUAGUGCUUUGGCUUUGCUAUAUGGAUUGUGCUAGAAGGGCUUUGUCAUUGUUGAA